AUGUUCAUAACUUUGGAACAACCUUUGCUUAAAAAAUAAUAACCAGAAACUAGAAGAAUAAGUAAAAAUGUGUAAAUGCAAACUUUUAACUACACUUAAUAGGAUGAAAAUAGUGCAUUACUUGAAGAUGUUCCUUUAACAACAAAGAAAUUCUUACGCUAUACAAAUGAAAUUGAAGCUUAUUUUAAUACAUUCCCAUCUUUUAAUCCUGAUCAUUGGACAAUAUUUUCUUGGCGUUUAUUUAUUUGUUUCAUAGUAAUAAUUUAUUUUUACUUAAUACCUGUAUUUAUGUUUUUUGGAUAUGAAGUAAUUUGAAUUUUUAGUUAAUUAGAUUCUAUCAGAAAAUUUGCGGAUUGAAAAUAUUGCUGUAUUUCUAUACAUAAUGAUAUUUUUUUUGAUGAUUGAUCUUUUUAUGACUUUAAAUACUGGAUAUUAUGAUAAAGGAUAGCUGGUUUUGGAUAAACAUAGUAUUUUUGUUAGGUAUGUAACCCAAGAAUUUCUAUUUGAUAUCAUAGCAAUCUUAUCAUUAAUUUUAUAAGUAGCAUUUCGAGAUCAUUAUGCUUUUCUUAUAUGGGUUCCAUAUUUUUUUUAUUUUAAAUAUUAUUAUGUAACUUUAGUUGAUUCCUAAGUGGAAUAGUUGUUAUAAGUAAAAAGAAAAUUAAGAGCAUUCUAUUAAAUAUUGAAAUUAAUUUUGACUAUAUUUUUUUUGGUUAAUUUUUUUGCUUGCUUGUUUUAUGCAGCUGGAGAUUAUUGGAUAAAUUAAAGACAAGAUUAUGGGUCAUGGCUUAUUUAAUCUGGAUUAUAAAAUGAUAUUUAUUCAUUACCAAUAAUUGUGAAAUAUGAAUAUUCAUUUUAUUGGGCUUUAACAACUAUGUUGACAGUUGGAUAUGGAGAUGUAACAGGAAAGAAUCCUUUAGAAAUAUUUGUAUCAAUAAUAACUAUGAUUUUUGCUUGUGUUAUAUUUGCUAUGAUUGUAAGUGCAUUUUAAAAUGUGUUUUCAGAAAUCACUCAUCAUAAUAUGUAAUUUGAUAAAAAAAUGACAGAUAUAAAUCGAUUUAUGAAAGACAAAAAUGUAAUUUAAUUAUUAUCUAUAUAGAUUGAUUUGGAAACUUAAUAAAAAGUAAGAAGAUUCUUUAGUUUUAUGUUUAGCGAAAAAGUAAGAGAUUUUAAUGAAUAAAUCGAAAUAAUAAAUUAAUUGGGACCCUAAUUAAAGGAUGAAGUAAUUAUGCAAUCCUAUGGUUUAAUAUUUAAGAGAACAUUUUGGACAAGUUAAUUUUCUUUAGAGUAUUGAUAUUGAUAAUAAUUUAAAAGUUUUUAAAAGAAAAUUGCAUAUCUUAUAAGUGAAUAGAUGUAUUGUGAUGGAGAAAUGAUUUUUAAACAAAAUCUAUGUAGUUUGAAUGGAAAUAAUGAUGAUGAUUGUCUUUAUUGUUUAAGUAUAGGACAUAUAUAAUUGUAUCUCCAAUUUGAAGAUUAAGACAUGGUUUUCUAUUAAGCUGAAUAAGAUUCUAUGUUUGGAGAAUUAGGAUUUCUAACAGGAAAUUCAAGAACUUUAUCAGCAAAGAGUACAACUAUAUCUUAAUUAUAUAAAUUAAAGAGAUUAGAAUUUAUAUAAUUAUUAUAAUAGUUUCCUCUUGAUUUUUAAUAUUUCUGUUAAUUGAGAGAUCAAAUAUUAUUAGGAUAAUAUAAUUUAAUUAACCUAAGUUGUUUUUGUUGUUAAUCAAGUAGUCAUUUAGCUAAUGAUUGUCCAAAAUCACAUUAUUAUCCUAAUAAAAUAUUGUUAAUCAAUAGGAUCAUGAAUAAUAAAUAGGACAGAUAACCAUUUUUAAGAAACAAUAUUCGCAAAGAUAAUUUAAAUUUAAUUAAAAUUCAAAAAGCUUAGCAAUAGGUUAAAUAAGAAUUAUCUUUUGAUAAAAAUGAAAUUGAUCAAUUAAGCAAAUCUUUUAGUGGCGAUAUCAUGCUUGAUAAUUAAAGUUAGAUUAGUGAAUAGGAUAUCAAUCAUGAAUUUGAUAUUGUUAAUGAAAUUGUUAAUAGAUUAGAACAAAAGAAAAAACAAGCGUUAAUUGAAAUAGACACUAUAUGUUCCUAUAGGAAUUAUUAUCCAAAGUUCAAUGCAGAAUACAUUAUUUAAUAUUUUAAAAAAGAUAGGAGAGCAUUUACUAGAUUUAUUUGAU